CCUUCUUCGCCCUCCCCUUCCGUCUCGCUCCUUCCUGCGCCAACUUAUACUCCUACUGCGAUGUCUCACCGCGCUGUUCCCCGAACGACCUCUGCAUCACCUCUCAGCGCUGUCAAUGUCAACAACCAUCAACCCAGAGGGAGGACGGCCAAGGCUGCGGCAUCCCGUACACCCAGCAAGGAGCCGGUGGUCAAGACUAAGGGCGCGGGCCGACGCAAGUCGGUCUCGAAGCGGAGGAAGGUUCUGCGGUCUAAAAACCCACCGAUGGACUCAUGGACGGGGAUGCCGACUCUGUUCUAUUGCUGUUGCAAGGUGUUCUUCUGCACUAGGGUUUAUGUCACCACCUACCCGUCGCUCCCCCGGUUCGUCGAUAGGAGGAGUACUGAGUUUCACGUAGUGGCGAUGUACCGAUCAGAAGUGAUACACCAACUGCCGCAAAAACCUCCGCGCGGCAGCUCCAUACGUGUGCCGGAGCCACGCUGGCGUUCAAGUAACCGCUCGCCCGGUGCUAUUCUAGCCCGGGGUCCGAGUGUUGUGGGCGAGGAAUAUCCUCACAGUGCUGCUUUCUGCCGCCCUCUCUCCGUGACCACAGCGGUCAUCAUCAAGGCCGUCGUUGCGGCCCGCUCAGAGCUGCACGGUGAUGUGCGCGGCGCCCUCGUGGACUUUUUGAUCCCUAUGAUCGAAGAAGAGGCGGCCACGAACAACCCGCGGACCGCCGCCGACCUCUUGCGUGGGGUCCGCGAGCAGGUCGCGGACAUCGACCCCGCUGCCGAGGCAAUUAAUACCUUGCUUCACCGCGUCAUGUGGCGCUACACUAAGGCCCACAUGCAGUCGACACGCGAGGACCUGUCCGAGGGGCAACUGGUCGGCGAGGACCGGCUUCACGAGGACUUCCUCGCGCAGAUCGGCACACUCGAGAGCGUCGUGUGCAAGUGCACGAGGAAAGCGAGGGCGUGGGGGAGGCUUUCCAACGGCGGGUACAGCUCCACGAACGCGAAGGCAUUCCAGGAAGGGUUCUGGUACUCCAUGCUCCAGUUCAUGACGGGCCCGCGUCGCCACGUCUCCGGAAUCCUAACCAUCCCCAAGUCAGACUACGGGAACCCCAAGAUCAUGCGCUUCCUGUCCCCACACGCUGGCGGCAAAGACAACCUCGUCGUGGAGGAAACCCCGGCCGAAGACGUCCACGUGGAGACUCCGAUCUCGGCGCAUAUCUCGACGAGAUGAACUGAUCGUUGUUGUUGGUUGGUCCUUCACAAGCUCAGCAUCUGCAUGGGUCGCGGAAUCGCUGGCAAAUGUUCUCGGGCGUAGCGCUUGCUGUGGGGAACAGGUUUUUUGUCGCGUUCGGCAGUAAGUUUAUUUCGCCACUGUUCCUUUUCGAGCAACGCGUGAAGCACUUGGAGCUCGAUACGCGGCGGCGUACCCUGGACGUGGUACAUACAACGCAGAAAUGUUCCUGCGUGUCGCCGGGGGAAGGGGCACCUCAAGUAUUGAGGUGCUUCGCGGACAAGGGGGCAAGUAGGUACUGUC